GUCGGGCAGCGGUGGCGACUGCCGGGACCCCGGCGACCCGCCGCCAUGAGCGGCCCGGAGCUGCCGGGGCGUGGGAUGCGGUUUGCGGAGAGCCAGCUACGGCGGCACGGCUGGCGGCGAGGGCAGGGGCUGGGGAAGCGGGAGGACGGCAUCGCCGAGGCCAUCCGGGUGAAGGUGAAAUGCGGCACAGCGGGGGUGGGACACGACGCAGCGGAGCCCUUCUCCUUCCACUGGUGGGAUCAUGUCUUCAACAGGGCGGCUGCCAACAUCGCUGUGGAGGCUGGGCAGGAUGGCAUCUCCAUGAAGACGCUUUCCGAGCAGGGAGUCAGAAUCAGCAAUAAGAAGCCCUGCAAGGCCAGCAGCGCUGGCAGCAUGCUGUAUGGCCGCUUUGUGAAGUCAGCCACACUCACAGCAUGCAGGGAGGAGUCCACGAAGCUGCCCUCCGGCUCAGAGAGCAGCGAGGAGGAGAAGCUUGACCUCUCUUCGGCCAGGAGGCUGACGGAUGAGGAGCUGAUGCGAGCGUGUGGGGGCCGCACAGCACACAAGGGUGCCCGUCAUGGCCUGACCAUGAGCGCCAAGCUGGCACGCCUGGAGGAGCAGGAGCAAGCCUUCCUGACCACAUACCGACACAAGGAGUGGCAGCAUGAGCCACCAGACAGCAGCCACCCAGCAGAGAGCCAGGAAAAAAAGAAGAAAAAAAGGAAACAGUCCAGGGACGGAGCCGAUCCCGAAGUGCUGCAGGGCCAGGAGCCAAGCAGAGAAGAGGAGGUGGCAGGACAGGAAGGGAAGGUUGUGAAGAGGAAGAAGAAGAAGAAGAAGGACCAGGAGCCAAGCAGAGAAGAGGAGGUGGCAGGAAAGGAAGGGAAGGCUACAAAGAGGAAGAAGAAGAAGAAGAAGGAGGAGGAGGAGGAGGAGAAAGAAGAGCCAGUUGAGACAGAGGUACCUCUAGAAGACACAGAUGGGCCAGACCAGGCUGGGCACGGCCCCAGGAAGAGGAGGAAGAAGAGGAAGAAGGAGCCCGAGUGAGCAAGGGCCAAGGCUGCCAUGCUGCACAGCUGCCGGUACCACCUGGCUGUGAGGGUCCCAAUCCUGCCUGCUGGCACUGGUGGGUGCUCAAGGGUGCUCCGGGCUCUUCCCAGGUGGAGCCCAGUGCCGUGGCCCAGCUGUGUGUUUGCUGCCUGGGGAUGCUGGGCUGGGACUAGUUGGUCUGAAGCUGGAUCAAGCUUUAUUUCACUCCCUGAGCCUUCCUCCCAUCAGAGGUGACCCCAGUUCCCACCAGGCCCUGGGGCAGGCACCCAUUUGCCGUGGGUCUGUUGCAGAGGGACACGAGGGGACAGACCACACAGAGUAUUGAAAUAUUUUUUUCAAGAGCAUGAAUAAAUCUUUAUUGCAAUGAAA